GCGCCCGCACAGUCUGCGCCGACGCCGCACCAGACGCACGUCCGUCAGCGCGCCACCAGCCCCAGCCGCGACACCCGCCAGUGACACUAUUGUUGUGAACACCUGUUUGUAAACACCAACAAACAUUUAUUGUGAUAUACCGCUUGACACACCAAUAAUCUAUUGUUGAUACCAUUGUUUAAAAAAACAAAGAAAUGCUCUCCAAGGAGCCACAACGAAAGUGCAAAAUAUCGAUAAGAUAAAAUUUACUCGACGUAUAAGUUUUAUCGCAAUCUAUAGGAGUGCAGUGCGGCAAGUGCAAAAAUUGCGUCCUUCCUUUCUAUUCAUGCGGCUCAGACGGUCGGACGCAAUAGGUCGUGAUUGUUGACGAACAGAUGUGGGAAUGCGAAAACAUUUCAUGAGACCUACUUGUUUGAUUUCGGGGAAUAAGUAACAAUAGUGCAAUCGGUGACGUCGACAUGGGUAGGCCGGGGGAAUACGACACUCCUGAAAAUAGCGACGAGGAGAGCGGGGAAGCCUUUACCGAUGGAGACUUUGGUGAUACUGAUGAUGAUGUUAUAGAGGCGGCUGCGGAAGUCAAAUCUAGCGUUCCUCUCAACGAAACUGUGAACAUGAACGUUAAGAACGCAGAUGUAACAAACGGUAACGAUAAUAGUUUCAACGGCGCGGAUGGUCAGCCGAAGGUCAACGGACUAAAGAACGGACAUUCCAGUGAUUUUGAAAAUCACACCAAUGGUGAUCAUAUGACCGAGAUCCGGAGGGAUUCGCACGGAGACCAGAAUCCAUCCAUUGUCGGGAUUCUCGGUGACCAACAGAAUCAUGCAGAACAGCGGCUAGCGGCGCGACGGGCGGCACGAGCGGAGGCGCGCGAGAUACGCAUGCGCGAGCUCGAGCGACAGCAGCGCGAACAGGAGAACAAUGCCGACAAGGCGUACGAUAUGUACUCAGAGACGGCCAUCCGCCGCGGCGGCGGCCGGCUGGCGGCACUCAGCCCGGCCGCGCUGCACUCGCCGCGACGCAGCUCCGAGGACUCCGACGACACCUUCAGCAUCAAGGACCUCAGGCAUGAGCUGAAAGAAGUGGAGGAGAAGUUCCGCAAGGCGAUGAUCCUGAACGCGCAGCUGGACAACGACAAGGCGGCGCUCGGGUACCAGCUGGAGCUGCUCAAGGACCGGAUAGAGGAGCUGCACGAGGAAUACCAGCAGCUGCAGCGGGAACACAAAGAGAAAUGCUCGGCGCACGAGCGUUUAAAACGCGAGCAUGCGUCUCUAGAACGCGAGUUGACCGCGGCGCGGGACGCCGUGCGCGCCCGGGACGCCGCUGUCAUGGCCGCGGGGUACGCCUUCGUGGAGGCGGGGGACACCCGGCCCGAGGGGGACACCCGGGGGGCGGGUGCCGUGCGGGGGGACAGGGGGGACGAGCCGGUGGGAUUUGGAUCAGUGCCGGCGCUCGCGCUCGUGUCACACCAGUCUGAACAACUGCUGCAGGAAGCUGGCGAAGGAACGCUUGACGUGCGGUUGCAGAACCUGGUGUCAGCGAAACAGGCGCUGGAGUCGGAGCUGCGCAAGCUGAAGCUUCAGCUGAACGAGGAGCGCGCCGCCAGGCAGAACGGGGUCGCCAACCACCACGACCACGAGCUUGAAACUGAGCUAGAGGCGCUCCGCAAGUCGACGGCGGAGGCGAAGGCGCGCGCGGCGCGGGCGGAGGCCGAGGCGGCGCUGCAGGCCGCCGGCGCCGCGCGGCUGGAGGCGCAGCUGGCGCGGCUGCGGGCGCGGCAGGACCACCAGGACGAGCACGAGGAGCAGCUCAAGCAGGAGCGCCGCCGCCUGCAGAGAGAGGAAGUUGAAGUCGAGGAAGUAGUUGACUUCUGGGCCGUUAUCAAAGGCGAUAGCUAACGGCGCGCGAGGCUCUCAACCGAGUGGAGGAACUAGAGACGGAGAACAGCCACCUCACCAAACGGCUGGACAAGCUGAAGAACGCCAAGUCCGCGCUGCUCAAGGACCUGUGACAAUGAUCGGCCGACGCCUACACCGCCGCUUAACUUCAACAUCCAUAGACAACUGAUUAUUGGCCUUACGUCACACCCCGGACACUUCAUACAAAACACCUCGCUUUACACAGACACUACACAUUGACGUAUACGAUAACGCGCAUCUGUGUGUGUGACGUCUGAAGCGAUUGAAGACUAAAGUAAGACCGAGGGGUGAGGUAAACCGAGCUCAGCCGCUGGUGGGGAGCGGAGAGUGGCCGUUCCAUACGUAGUAUUAUUCCUAAUUCUAUGUCGCCGCUUAACGUAACACCAUUCAUAGACAAUUGAUCUAGAACAGCAAUGCAUUGGUGCCAAUCCGGACGGACACAAACUUAACCUGAUUGUAGUUUGCCGGGUAUUGAAGUAUUGCCAUCCUUCACUUACAAUAAGCGCAGGAAAGAGAUAGAGCUAGUUUACUCCUGCCAAAUUAAGUUAAAAUUUAGUUGGUCGUUGCCGGAAUUGGCAGAAAUGUGAGAUUUUUUCAUCUGGCGGUGCUAGUGUAAGUCAGUUUCUGUCUUGACAGAUAGAAAUCCUGUCCUGUAAUUGGCUAGAAUUUGACAUUGUCAACCAAUCAAAAUCAAGGAGUUUCAUUGUGACAGAAACACGAUAGUUACACGAUUAGGCUUGUGGUCUGUUAAUAUCCUCAGGUUAGGUAAACGGACUCUGAAUAAAAACGGGAUAAACGCCAACGGAUGAUGAGCCGGAUCCGAGAGCCUUAUUCAACAUAAUAGUCGGAUCCCGGAUCCGGUUGCCGAAUGAAAACCCGACGCGUAUUGAAGCUCUAGGUCGUUGUCUAGUAGACAUUCGCUAACGGCAUAGAAAACAUUGUGACGUCAUCGAACGCUAUCUUAUCUGCUAGGUGGCAGCACUGUUCUCUCCAGUCGUGACGUCACACGCAGCGAUUGAUUACAAACGUAUUGUAAACAGAAUGCUACAUGACGAUCCUCAAAAGCAGUACAAAAGUAAUAUCGAUCAAAUUCUGAAAAAUUUGCAACGAAUUUAUCAAUUAGAUUAAUAAAGUAUUCAACAGCGAAUUUACGAACGCCUGUCAAUUUUGACAUUACUUUUUUUUAUAGUGUUUAUAUGGCCUGGAUACGAGUCCUUUUAGCCAAAUCUUUUUAUUAUUUAUUGUAACAGCUUUUGAUAAUCGUCAAUUGGAACGGUUUGGUGUAACAGGGAGGGAGCGAUAAGUAUUAUGAAUUUUAUGACGUAGUGUAAAAGUCAAUGUUCGACUGAUUGUCUAUUCACUAAAAUUAUGCAUUAAAUUAAUAAAUUCAUACAGUUUUUAAGUAGAGCGUGUGUAUGGCAUGUGUGUUCGGAAACAGCGUACUGAUGGUUACUAACGACCGGCUUUUAUGUAACAUUUAUUGCAACGGCAUUUUAAGUAUUCAGCCAAGUAUAAUUUGGUUACUCAAAUUGCAUUUUACAGUCAGUAGGAAAAUAUUGCAUUUCAAUUUUUCAAAGUGAAUCAAGUUAUACUUGCCCUUUUGAUUUGAUAGUGAAGUUUCGUAAGAUAUUAGCCUGAAUGCUUCUAUAACAUUCUGUCAUCAGUCCUCAAUUGGAGACUAACACCCGUAUUCUAAGAUGUUCACUCGACUCUUCCUCGACCCGUCCUCAGUUGAGGUGAUAAAGGGUGUAAGGUCUCUACUAGGAAUAACACUGAAAAAUGUUAAGAAAUGUGCCCAAAACAUAUCGGGGCCACAAUUUGUAUAACAGCUCUUAUAAUUUUAACUGUAAAUCCUUGGACAUAACGAAUAAUUCUGUAAAAUUUAUAAAUAAUGUGUAUAAUUAAUAUUAUGUUUAAUUAAUAAAUGAUUAUUUAUUUGUUACUCUUAUAAAUACUAGGAUUAUGUUCAUAAUUUGUGUAUAGAUUUUUUAUAGACAUUGGUUUAGCUUGCCGACUUCGUUUCGCUUUUACUAAUUAUUUACAUAGUGAUAACUUUAUUCUUACUUGCCAUUGGUAUCACAAAUUGUAUGUUAUUACAUUAACUUUGGGAUGUUAGGACGACUGUCGAGUUACGAGUUUUAAAAACAUUUUAUCUGCAUUUUACUUAUUUAGCUUUUACGCCAAUUUUUGAUUCGCCGAUAUUCACCGCCUAUCACGUUGGUCUAACAGAAAGCUCAGUAAAGCGUGGGAACUUAGUUCAUCUUGCGAUGGAUGUACCUCUGACUCCUCUGACUAGCCCAACGGGAAUAUAGGGCGUGUUUUAAUUGAAAAAAUAAAAUGAAACUGAUGUGGUUCGGUUCGUGUGAUGUUCUUGUAAUGAAUGCAACCGUUACUUAUAUUUAGGGCUUGUAUUAAGUAAUUGCUCAAAAUUGUAUCCGCAUUAAUGUGAUAAUUACAUGAAUCGUCCAUUAUGAAUAUCAUUUUUAUUUAUUGUAAGUGACAUUUGGAUUUUAAUUAUUCACGUAUCAACGAUCAAUUUCUACAGAUAAUAAUAUUGCUAGAUUCUGCCCACCCCGCUAGCGAUUAUGGGCGUAAAUUGACUGUUUUUCGCUUAGAGAAAUACGGACUUCCGCGUAAGCAGGAAGGGAGUGCCCAUUCAGAGUAUCUCUGUCAAAGUAUAAGCCCAAAUGGGCAUGUGCAUCUAAUGACUACUUGCGUUCGGAGGCCGGUUGCUCUAUGGUUUUUCGUGUUCCAUACAUAUACUAAGGCGAUAUGGCUCACCACCUAUCACUUUGGUCUAACAGAAAGCUCGGUUAGGCGUGGGUACUUAGUUCAUCUUGUUAAGUCAUACAUAUCGUUUGAAAUUCUGCAAUAACUUUUUACAAGUAUCAAAAUUCACGUGUCACUUAUAAUUUUGAUAUAUUUUUAUUGGAUGAAUAAGUAGAUUUGUGAAAUUACGUUUAUAAAUAAAUCUAUCAGUUAUUACCUUUGAGAUUACGUUACGCAAAGUUACCAUAAUACUUUUACUAACUUAAUUUCAAAUUAUAUUUUAUAAUCUUUAUAUUGUAAUUGGACUUUCUUUUUUAGUACCGAAAUAAUGUUGUUAUUAAAUUGAACACAUGCAGUUGCAUACAUUAGUAAUUAAUUACAGGCAGAGUAAUGAAAUACACUAGUCUAAAAUGUUCUCAGAUAAACGUAAGAAGGAUCGCUGUAUCGCAGAAGUUCAGUGUAUUUUCAUGACCAUAGAUAUAGAGUAAAUGGGUGAUGCAUCAGGAACUAUAAGGAACUUUCCAGAGUACGUUUCUCAAAAUCAACAUAGAUGGAGCUGUACAGGUUUUCUUCGUUUAGCCUUAUCUUAUAAUUUCAUGGAUAACGGACAUAUGCGUCUUUCAAAGAUGACCCUUAUUAUUACACCCAGCCACAAUUACAUCUUCCACACAUUAUUAUUAGUAGCAACGUAAUUCUAUACAUAAUGUGAUCCAAAUAUCAAGCAACAAUUAUUUUUAUAUAUUCUUCUGCCCAUUACAUUGUAUUUUGCAAUAAUUAUGUACCCCGAGUAAUGAGAAAAUAGGUAAUUAUCACGUUUAAACUGAACAACCAUCUAUAUUGUUUUUGGUGAACGUAGCUUGAAAAGUCCCCCAUUGAAGAGCACUUAAUACUCUUUUAUUUGAAAUAGGAAUCCUCUGUGAGCCGUAGCUAAUAAAUACUUAUUGAAGUUAAGCGACGUUGCGUUAAUAAUUACUGAAACAAUACUUGUUUUACACAAACAUGCUUUGUCCAUUUCACUUUAUACCUGUGUGCGAGACGCUCUGUAUAAAGUAAUACUCUGUUUAACGUUGCAUGAUCAGAAUGACAGGACGGAGAUAUAUCACGUUGCCUAGAGUGAAAGAGAUGAGAGAUAUGUCACUAAUCAUGCUACGCUAUAUAAGUUUAGCUAAAUGUGUUACGUAUUAUGUUGUACAGUGACUUGUAAAGUUCUUAUGGCGAGUCCUGUCUGUAUAGUUGUCGUAGUCAAGCUCUUCUAGUGCCAUGGCGCACCAAAACGUAUUAGAUUACAAUAAUUCAAUGUUUAGCGUUAUGUACGUAGAUGUAACGGGCGUGCUGUGUAGCUGACUGGUUAUUGGUUGCUUAAAUACAGUCGUAUGCAAAAACCUUAUACCUAAACUAGUUGCACGUUAUGAUGGCCGUUUUGACAGUUGUCCUGCUCAUCAAUAGGCUAUUGGACAACUUAGUCAAAUGAGAUACUUUUUACGAAACGUCAAAACAAAAAAAUUCUAUGGAUUUUGUGGAAAUAAUGUGCUGUGACGUCAUUAAUAAAAGCAGUCAAAAGUCGUUCUUAUUGUUACUUAAUACAUAAAGUAUAUUUGAUUUGAUUUGAUUUGAAAGAAAAUUCGAAAAUAAGUCACAAUAAAUAUGUGAUUUAUUUUUGAUUAUGUCAGACUAGCUUCUAUUUCUAGAUUAGCAUUUCAUAAUUUAUCUUCGACCCAGUCAAAUACCCUUUUAUUGUAUAUGUUAAAGGAACAAAUAGCUGGAUUUUAUUGUGUUCUACAAGUUUCUUAUUAAUUUAUAACUAUAUUGAUGGAGCGAAUGCGAAUUGCUGUACUUUACUAUGUCAAAACGGCCAUCAUAGCGUGUCGGUAGUUAAGCUAAUAGGAGACAUAUUUGAUACAAUAAACAGUCAGCUAGACGACCCUGCAAUCGGUAGUGUGCGGGUAUUCUACUCGUAUAUAAUGAAUGUAUCUGCUGAUUCAAGUAACUUAUCUAUCUAGAGUUGCUUACAAUUCGUUUACAAUAAAAAUUGCAAGUCACUUGGUUCGAUAUCAAUGUGUUGCCUCUUCCCUUGCGGUAACGUGUGGAGUAGACGAGUGUUACGGCCUAUGGAUGGUGUUGCUACAUGAAAUAAAACAAUAAUAAUGCAAAAGUCGUGUAACGUGUAAAGUUGGAAAUUGGUCUGUUCGGGCGGACAUAAACUUAAUUUGACUUUGACAGCUCUUAAACUAGCGCCGUCCUUUACUCACAAUAAGUGCAUGAAAGAGAUGGAGCUAGUUUUAGUCCUGUCAAUAUAGGUUAAAAUUAAGUUGAUGGUUGCUUGAAUCGGCACCAAUCGCCACCACUCGACAUAUUUAAGUUGUAUUAAAGUCUAAUAAGAACUAACUAGAAAAUCUUUCUGAUUAUCCUUAACAACAUUGUAAUCGCUUCGUAAUAAAAAGUACUCGUUCAUGACUUGUAUCCAUAGGCCGUUCUGUGCAGACUUCUACGUGUAUACUAAAGUCAGCGUAAGUUAAGUAGGAAUGUCAAUGUAAGUACGAUGUAUGUAUUUUGGUGCUGCAUUACUAAUUUAUUUUGUUUUUUAACUAGGAAUGACCAACCUCUCUUUUAUAAAAGCGAAACUGACUUAAUAAAUGUAUAAAUUUGGAUACUUUGAAUAAAUUUCGCUCCGGAAAACA